UUCGACUGGUGGCAACACUAUUUCCGUUCGGGCGGCCGUACCUCCCCCGCCCGGUAGCAGCAGUUGCCCGCUAGCGGCAGGAGUGGCGAGGUGCGUGCGAGUGUAAAAGUUUGCGACAAAAACAAUAUCAUCUAUCGUCGCCGCGUGUAUUUGUAACGGUUAACAAUGGGUCGACCAAAAACUAUUUCUAAGACUACAGAAGAAAGAAAAAAACGCAAAAGAGAAUUAGAACGAAGGAGAUAUCAAAAAAUUAAAGAAGAUCCAGUGUUAUAUGCUGAAUAUCAGCUUAAAAAUAAAACUAAAUAUGAGAAAAGGAAAGCUCAGAAGAAGGUGAUUUCAAUCAAAGAUAUGACUCCCAGAGCGCGUAGAGUGCAAAGAAAAAAAUGGCGUGAGGCCUUCAAUGCCUUUUAUAAAAGAAAGAAGGAUGCAAAAACUGCGGAUAGAUUUAUAGAGACACAUAGCCCUUCAUAUAUUGAUGCUGAACAGAUUGAGCAACAACGUACGAAUGUAUCAACUAGAAACUCUCCAUCUCCUUCAAUUCUUACCUCUUUUCUCGAAUCUCCCUCCAUUUUAUCAAUAGUUACAGAUAAUAAAGAAAACACUAAUCCCAAUCCAAGAAUCACAAGAUCGCAAAUAAGUCCACGUUCUGCCUGUAGGUCACUCUCAUACGUCUCAGAAACGUCUCCAAUUUCCAGCAGAGGAAAUUCACCUUCUCAAGUAGUCAGAAAAUUAAGGUAUAAAAAGGAUAAAGAAAUUAAAGCACUUACAAGACAAUUGGAAGGAAUUAAGAAAGUAAAUGAAGCUUAUCGCAAGAAAUUGAAAAGACUAACAGAAGAGAAAAUAGAAAGUAAUAUGGAUACAUUGAAUGACAAAUUGCUGCUGUCUUAUACAGCUCUGAAAACCCACAAAGCUAAGCAAGAAUUUUCAAGUAAUCUACAAGUAAAUAUUAAAACUACAUUAAAAGACAAAAGGAGAUUAGGAAAACUAUCAAACAUUUUUAGACGAAGAAUAAAAGAACAAAAAUGUUUAAAAUUGAAGAAAUUACGAGAGGACAUUAAAAAAUUUCUAGAGGAAGAUGAGAAUAGUUCUGUAACUGCUGGGAAAAAGGAGACAGUGAAGAAAACUGGAGUUAUUAGACAAAGACAGGGUAAUAAGAUCAACACACAGUGA